AUUUAUGAUCAAAUUCUCCAAAAUGAAAAAGGACGAUGAACUGCUUGAAAAGCUAAGAAAGUUCAAUCCAGACCUAGACUCAAAGACUAUCACUAGCACCUAUAUCGACAAGAAUGGGCAUAAAUAAGGUCAAAACUUACCUCAAAGAGAAGUACCUCGGCAAAGGAGGGUUCGCCUACUGCAUGCAAGUAGUCGACCUUGACGACCACCGUCCUAAUAAAAGAUAUGCCAUGAAAAUCAUGCCCAAGACUAUGAAUGGUAAAACCAGGAGUAAAGAGAAAAUUCAGAGCGAAGUCGAGCUCUUAGCUCAAAUGAACCAUCCCAACGUCGCUAGGCUUGUCAGAGCCUUUGAAAAUGACGCUAAUGUGUAUAUGGUCAUGGAACUCUGCGAAAACCAAAGCUUAAUAGAGCUCAUGAGGAAUAGAAAAAGACUCACAGAAAUUGAAGUCAGAAGCUACAUUGCUCAGCUAGUCGGAGGUAUCCAGUACAUCCACGCUAAGAACAUUGUUCACAGGGAUCUUAAGUUGGGAAAUCUGUUCCUGACACAAAACAUGCAGUUAAAGAUAGGAGAUUUUGGGCUCUCAGAGAGGAUUACUUAUCCAAAUCAAAAAUUAAAUUCUUUAUCUGGAACUCCUAACUAUAUUGCACCUGAAAUUCUGACUAAGACUGGACACUCUUAUGAGGUAGAUAUCUGGGCUGUCGGAGUUAUCGCAUACACCAUGCUGGUAGGCUCUCCUCCAUUCCAAGCCAAGACAUCCAAAGCUACCUGCAGCAGAAUUAAACAAGUGCUAUACUCAGUCCCGAGACACUUGCAGCUGAGCGAAUCUUGCAUAGAUUUUAUCCGAUGUUGUUUGCAGAAAAAUCCUUUCGAUAGGAUUAAGAUUGAUGAAAUGUUUGAUCACGAGUUCUUACAGAUGCCAUACCCUAAACUGUGCCCAAUGAGCACUCUUUUCCAAGCCCCAAAAGAGCUAAAGAUAGCAUACAGCACCUGCAAUGGUGGGCUAUCGAACGCUAAUAGAGCCAAAAGUGUGACCCAAAUGCGAAGAGGUACUAGAUCCAACCAGAGAUUUGUCGAAGCUACUGAUGAAGAUAUUGCCAAAGACAACCUCGAAAGAGACAGAAGUAUUAAAAAGCAAAGUAAAGUGGAUUUGAAAAAGGUCAACAGAAACAUUUUCUCAUCGACCCCAAUUGUCGAGAAAUUAGCUAAUGAGAAGCAGAAGUUUAGCACAAAGAUGAACAUUUCUUCUCUGCAGAGCAAAUACCAUCCUAUCAAUAAUAUCGAUAUUCCAAAAGUGGAAAUCUCGACUGGUGGUAGUACUCCAUUCAAUAACUCCUCCAGCUCAAUUACGAAGCUAAAGUACACUGUGGUUACAAAGUACAUGAACUUGCCCUCAAAAUCAGGAAUUGGCUAUCAGCUCUCUAACGGAGAUAUUGGAAUAUUGUGCAAUAAUGGAGAUAAGAUGCUUCUGAAGCUCAAAUUUGACAAGAUUUUCUACUUUGACCAGUACGAUAUCUUGAUGUAUACCUGAAAAUACUCUGAAGCCUUCCAUACUCAUGAUAAUCUACAGAUGAAAAGGGCAAGAUCCGACAAUAUCCAUAAAGUCUGUGACUGAGUCGAUGAGUCAUGUGAGUGCUCCCAAGAAGAGGAGCUAAAUCGGCAAGAGCUGUUUAGGACUAACUCUGAGGUUCCUAGGUUCCAAAACUCGCCUGAAUUCCUCAAACUUCUGAAACUGAUUCAAUUCACUGAGCAACAAAUGCCAUACAUCAAGCAUAGCAAGGUCUGGAAGGAAUUCGAGACUCCUAACGACGUCGAUAAACCAGUGUACAUUAAAAAGUGGAGUAACUGAGAUAACAGACUUGUGUUCAAACUAAAUGCCCAAGUCUUGGAGAAUAGCAACUCCUCUUCCCAUUCUGAAGAAGACAACUGCAUCAAAGUCCUCCAAAUUGUUAAACGGAAUAAUACUGAAAUUGUACUGAAAUAUAACGCGGGAAAUGCAGAUUUAGUUGAUGACCAGAAAACUCUCAUCACUGCUAAAGUAACUGACAUGUGCAAGAGGAUCAUAUUCUCUGGAAAGACCAGUCUUAGGCAAAAGGUCAAGGCUCUUGAGAAACUUUUCCAAGAGCCGAACCAUCGGAUUGAAGAGUUGAAGACAAAAUAUGGGAAUAAGAACAAAAGCCCAUCGAGGAAAACACCUUCAAAAGAGCCUGCAAAAGCAGUAAUUCGGUUAUCAAAUUUGGGUGAAAAGUCAACACGAGGGCAAAGUUCUGAAAUAAACCCACGGUCAAACAAUGCUUCUCUUAAAACGAGUCAAUAUUUCAAGCAGAUGAUGACUACGGGCUCCAACAAAUUCACUCACUUAGACACUUUUACUCACGGUUAUGAAUUUGCUGGGAAUCAAGGAAGGUUCAGGCAAUCAGAUAGUUGGAUAAACACGCCUACGAAAUAUGCAUAAAUUGACAUAAUUUAAGCGUUAACCUGCCCACUAAUAAGCUUUGCCUUAUUCUUGGAAGGAUUCAGUACAUAUUUGUCUAGAUAAAAUAUAA